CUGAUUUACUAUCUUUCACAAGUGUGCGUACACAAUACACAUCUGCUGAAAAUCUAGCUUUCUCCCACUCACACACACUAUUGGUAUUUUUCUUCUUGUCUUUCCCCCAAAAACAGAACAACUCUGUUUCUCAUCUUUACAUCUUCACUUCGUUUAAGAAAAAAAAAACCACUUCUUCGAAUCUCCACAUCUACAAAAGUAACAGAGAGCGGAGAGAGAGAGAGAAUAGAGAUGGCGCGAAAAUACUUUGAGAGAGAAGUGUUGCCGGUAAUGGCCCUGGUGAUAAUGGAAUGUGCCAACGUUGGUUUAAACACUCUGUUCAAGGCAGCGACUUUGCAAGGCAUGAGCUUCCAUGUCUUCAUCGUUUACUCUUACGGUCUCGCUGCUCUUCUUCUCCUUCCUUCCAUAUUCUUUUCCUCCAGAUCAAGAACUCUCCCACCAAUGAAUUUCUCAAUUCUCUACAAAAUCGUGGUUCUAGGGUUAAUUGGAUGCUGCUCAAACAUAAUGGGGUACACAGGAAUUAAUUAUAGCUCUCCAACACUUGCUUCUGCGAUCAGCAACCUCACUCCUGCGUUUACCUUCUUGCUCGCCAUCCUUUUCAGGAUGGAGAGUGUAUCGUUCAAAAGAACAAGUAGUGUGGCUAAAAUGUUAGGAACCGUAGUUUCCAUCGGAGGAGCUUUCAUAGUGACUCUUUACAAUGGUCCUGUGGUGAUCGCUAUGUCACCACCGUCCGUUUCUUUGAGAUCACAGUCCACAAACCAUAACUGGGUCAUUGGUGCUGCGUUCCUUUCCGUCGAGUAUUUCAUGGUUCCUUUGUGGUACAUUGUCCAGACUCAAAUCAUGAGAGAGUAUCCAUCAGAGUUCACAGUUGUUUGUUACUAUAGCUUAGGCGUGAGCUUUUGGACCGGGCUUGCCACAUUGUUCACUGAAGGGAAUGACUUGAAUGCAUGGAAGAUAAAACCAAAUAUAGCUUUGGUGUCAAUCGUUUGCUCGGGAGUUUUUGGAUCUUGUAUAAACAAUACAAUCCAUACGUGGGCGUUGAGGAUCAAGGGGCCUUUAUUUGUUGCAAUGUUCAAGCCUCUGUCGAUUGCGAUUGCGGUUGCAAUGGGUGUGAUCUUCCUCCAUGAUUCUCUCUACAUUGGCAGCUUGAUCGGGGCAACGGUAAUAACGACAGGGUUUUACACUGUUAUGUGGGGCAAAGCUAAGGAAGUGGCUAUGGUCGAAGGUGACAAUAAGGCUAACAACGAGGAUGCCACCAACGAAGAUGACCUUGAUUCUCCAUCAGCUUCACAGAAGGCUCCUCUAUUGGAAAGUUACAAGAACGAUGAGCAUGUCUAAGUAUCAUCUACUAGUCACGUGGUUUAGCUUGACUGUCUGCUGCACGUUUCUCCGGGACUUGGAAUGAGCAGGUGAAAUAAUAGUCCUCAUGACCGUCACUAUAUCUUACUUUCAUUUCUCACAUGCGAGUAAACAAGCUUUUACCCUUAGUCCGGGAUAAUAUGAGUCAUAUUUGGCAAGUUACAGUAGAUGCAACCAAGUUUCUCAUCUCCUCUAUGUAUAAAUAUUGGCCUGAAGAACCAAUGAGCAGCCGAGACAAUAGCAGUGUCUGUAUUUGGCAGACCCUUACACCAGCCUUCAUCCAUCUUAGCAAUAUCUAAAUCAAACAAUCCAGUUCCCGUCUUGUUAAUGUCUAUCAUCACCCGUUCCACCCCAAGAAACUGAGUUCAAAUCCUGUUUAUGCCUUCUCUUUAAGAGUUUCUUCCUACACAAGCAAAAGCUACUAUUCUUU